GCCAGGAUACUUCCGGUUUCCGAGGUUCCACUUCCGGGUCGCGCCCAUCGCCCCCGUUCGGCCGCCGUCGGAGCUGAGCCGCGACCGGAGCGUCGGCCCGGGAGCCGCCGCCAUGAGGCUCUACAGCCUAAGUGUCCUUUACAAGGGUGACCCCAAAGUGCAUUUGCUCAAAGCUGCCUACGACGUCUCCACCUUCAACUUCUUCCAGAGGUCCAGCGUGCAGGAGUUCAUGACGUUCACGAGCCAGCUGAUCGCGGAGCGCUCGGCGCUGGGCAGCAGGGCCUCCGUCAAGGAGCAAGAGUACCUGUGCCACGUGUACGUGCGGAACGACGGGCUGGCUGGAGUGGUGAUCGCAGACAAUGAGUACCCACAGCGGGUGUGCUUCACCUUGCUGGACAAGGUGCUGGAUGAGUUCUCCAGGCAGGUCAGCAAGAUGGACUGGCCCUCGGGGUCCCCUGCCACCAUCAGCUACUCUGCCUUGGAUGGAUACCUCAGCAAAUACCAGAACCCCCGAGACGCCGACCCGAUGACCCGAGUGCAGGCGGAGCUGGACGAGACCAAAAUCAUCCUGCACAACACUAUGGAGUCACUGCUGGAGCGAGGGGAGAAGCUGGAUGACCUGGUCUCCAAAUCGGAGGUGCUCGGAGCACAGUCCAAAGCCUUCUACAAAACGGCCCGAAAGCAGAAUUCCUGCUGUGAAAUCAUGUGACGCGGAGCCCGGGGUCUCCAGCUCCGGACCACCACCCCUCCGUCCCCCUCCGCAGCCCCCCCCAGGGGGUUCCUGGGGCUGGGCCGGGGCUCCUCAGCCCCUUGGGCUGAUGUGACUGUUGUCCACCUUGAGGGGACGCCGAAGCUGGCACCGGGCCGGCACUGCAGGGGGGUCUGCACCAGAGCCCCCCUGCUCUCGCUGUUCCUGGGGGAGGCUCGGACCAUGGGCUGCCAGGCCAUGCGACCCCUUGCCUUCACAGCCCCUCCACGGGGAGCUGCGAGGGGCCCCCCACUGCUGUCCCAAGGGGCUGGUGGGGCAGGAGCAGCCCACCACCACCAUCCCAAGGGCUGGAGGGCUUUUAUGUGUUUUGUGUCCAAAGGGUGAGCUGAGGGGUGGGUGAAGG